AUGGCUGGUAGGGGUCACGGAGGCAAAUCCGCGGGAGGUGUUAGGGGUCGCGGAGGCACAUCCGCUGGAGGUGUUAGGGUUUACAAUGGUGCGAGGGAACCCAGUUCUGCCGCAGUUAAUCAGGCCUCCAAUGGUGCGAGGGAACCCAGUUCUGCCGCGGUUAAUCACGCCUCGAAUGUUUCCGCCGAGGACACAACAAUCGCCUCCUGCUUCUCAACCACCGCGGGUUGCUUCUCCACCACUGCGGAUUGGUUCUCCCCCACCGCGGGUUGGUUCUCAACCACCGCGGGUUGGUUCUCAACCACCGCGGGUUGGUUCUCAACCACCGCGGAAGAAAACCCUAUUCCUAAUCCGGCCGAACAAGACUACCAAGCUUUGUUAGAUGUUCUGCUAGCUCUUCCAGGCCGACAACAUCUCCCAGUCCUGUCUGUCGAUCCCAUCCCCGGCGUUGAGACUCUAUGGUUUAACAGACACAAAGGAAAAAUUUCUCGGGUGAUCUCUGGAAUAUUUAGAAGGAAAUUUGAUGGUCCUUACUAUAGCUGGAAGGUUACUCCUAGACCCAUUCAAGAGAGAUAUUUCAGGAUAUUUGCGCGGAAGUUCUAUUGGGAUACUGGGAUUACUGAGCUUGUUAGAGAGGGGUUCUUAAAGAUAGCCAAGAAGCGAAUGAAAGGCAUUGUUAGUCAAGCUAAAAGCAGUGGUAAACAACCUGUUUGGAUCACCAGUGCAGAACUGUGGGCUGAGAUGUGUGAUCAUUGGAACGAACCUGAUGUAAUGGAGAGGAGCUCAAAUGCCUCGCAGUGCAGAAACUCCGAUCGUGGUGGUCUUGGAGUCCACAAACACCUUGCCGGUCAGAAAUCAUAUGUGCAAGUUCAUCAAGAAAUGGAAGAAGAGUUGGGCCGUCCGGUAUCAUUUGCUGAAGUGUUCAUGAAGACACAUACUCGAGCUGACGGAUCGUUUGUUGAUCAAAAAGCUAAACAAGUAGCUGAGACUUAUGAGAAAACAUUAGAGGAGAGACUGUGUGAAGUGGACGAUGAUGGUCCAGAAAAUUCAGUGAAUUCUUCUGAACGUUCAACUCAUCGUACUCUCAGCAUUGAUGAAAAGAAUGAUAUCUUUCUUAAGGUAACUCCUUAGUUUCUUUAUUUUGAUGAGUGUGUAUGAUUAUUCUUCAUGAUAACUUUCUAACCUUGAUGUUUCUAACCUUGAUGUUUUUCUUUGUUUUAGUGUACUCAAACAGAUGAGAAGGGAAACCUUUUUGGUCUUGGAUCUCUUGUUGAGACAGUAAGGAAAGGGAAAAGGAAGGAAAGCUAUGCAGAAUCUUCUCAACCAUCACUUCUCGAGCUUCAUGAAGAACUUCGCAAGAAGAUAGCUCAUCUAGAUGCUGAGAAUGCCCGACGUGAGAAGGAGCAUCAAGAGCUUCUCAUCUACGUGAAAGAGAAAGAUCCAGCAUAUGAUACUAUUAUUGCUUCCUUGCGACCAAGAGUACCAGCAACAACACCAGCAACCACACCUGAAGACAACAUACCACCAGCCACCGUGUCAGGUACUCACCAGCCACCAAGUUAGACACAA